AUGUCCAACAUGGCAGUGGCAGACAAGGAGAAUUGCCGUGCGGCCUCUGAAGGCGAUCCUGCUCCAAAGCGACCAUUAGCUUCUCCUUUCAACGACAGCUCUUCUGCGACAAGUUCGGCGAGAGCUCCUCUAACGCCUGUCUCCCUCGCAUUUCCAGCAGAGGAUCCGGAGGAAGAUCGCGAUGUCCUCGCAAGCGAUGGCAAGACGCUGCGCAAAAAACGAUCCGCGCUCUUUUACCCAUCUGCCAGCCUGGCUGCCAAAUCGAACCAGCAGCCCUUUUCUCGCAGCGCCGCCAAGAGAGACUCAAUCAUGGCCUUAGGUAGCAUCGGAUACCUUCAGCACCUGUACACGAAGCAAGGCAUUGCCAAUCGAAAUCGCCCUAUGACGAAAGGUGCCAUGACACUGGCUAUCGGACCUGCUGGAGAAGCCAUGCUUUCAAGCAACACAGGCUCGUCGAACGAAGAGGUGUUCUCAAAUUCGGCUACAAGUAGAUCGCCAACAUCGAGCCACACGAUUGAGGAGGACGAAGAGCUUGAGCAGCUUUUCCUGCCACCAAGCCCAAAGGCAGGCAGCUACGCACGGCCGAAGUAUCUCGAUGUCGCUAGACCCUUGCAGGCGGACACACACGCGCUAUGGGCGCAAUUGAUCGCUGACCUGGAUCGUCUCUCCCGUGCAUGGGACCUCGACGAAUGGAUUGCGCAAAGCACAGUGACACACACUAUCAACCAGCUAUUGUCUGCAAAGCCGAAGAUUUCGGCUCAGACGUCCCCGUCGUGCUCGAUAGUUCCCCUCGAGCUUAUCAAUGUCACGACUAAAGCGAUCCGAUCGGUGCGAAGCUACGUCCUUGCCCUGCCUCGACGCUCCCAAGUUCUCACCACAUUCGAGCCGAGUCGAAAAGACCGGUUCAAACGCCAGUCCAGUUUCAGCGGUGUCCCUCGUUCCGGCGAGAUCGGCACACCUGUCGCAACAAGGACAAGUGAGGUCUUUCAUCGUGACUCGAUCCUUGGCUACGGCUCUGGGCGUGAGGUGCGCUCUUCCUUGCCUGUGACCGCGCCGUCCCUUGGAAGGCGUCGCUCGGACACACAAGGCGAGGACGAGGAUCACCUUGGAAUCCUUCGAAAAGCCGCGCUCGAGAUGCUAUCGGCGUUGAAAGAGAUGGAAGAGAAGAGUCGGAUAGCGGACAUUGACGUCAGCAGCGGUGAAACGAAUCAGAACGUUGCAGCCGUGCCGACAGCAGAUAAAGCAGACGACAGGAUUUCAGCAACAACUGCCUCUGAUCCAGUGGAGUCCAUGACCGCUUUCGAGGAUCCUACACCUGGUGCUGGGUAUCUCUACCGAUCCGAUAUGCUGCUCUCUGACUUUGAUGCAGAGCGCAAGAUCUUGCAAGAUUGGCUGGGGACAGUGGAUAGAAUCAUAGCCGCGACCAGCGCGCCAACCAUCCACAUCGAUUUGGCCGACACUUGCUCUUCGUCAGGAGCAUCGCAAAACUGGAUGACGCCUGAUGUCAGCACGGCCGAGCGUGUAUCUAGCUUUUUGAUCGACCACUGCGAGUGCGGCGUCGGUUCGAAGUCCACAUCGCGACUGGACCGCCUGCUUGCGGCUCACAACGACAUGGACGGACUUCUGCCGCUUCUUUCUGACGGCUACCUGCUCUGCCGAGCUUUCAACGAAGCGGUGCGCAGAUCCGAAAAGCCUUGGGGUUACAUUUCGCCUCACGAAAUGCACGAUCUAGAGGCAGAGGAAGCGACCUUGCUUCAAAAGGAGAUGCUUCGAGCCAAGCAAGCACAAGAGGACGACGCAAUCAAGUUCCAAACGCGAACAAAUCGCAAGAGCGUCAGUGAAGAUGCAUCUAAUUCAGACGAGGGCGGGAGCGCAGUCGAAAAGACUGAACCCGAGCCGCCGACCAAUCGACCAGGCUGGACUUUCCGUAAGAGCGAGAACCUUCGAUAUUGGGCAGCAGCGCUUAAGCUACGCCACCACAUACAGACGACAGCGACAAAAGCCAGCCCCGCCAAAGCCAGCAACCCCGGUCAAACAUAUGGAAGCCUCGGUUUGGGAAAGCUCGCACUGCACGCGCCCAGGGCAGCAUCGGAAUCACAAGCGGCCGCCACUGCCUCCUCGUCCAAUUCCCGGCGCGGCUCGUCGAGUAGUUCGAGCUUCAAAAUUGACUUUGAUCCUGCCAAAGUGGCACGAAAGGAAACUGGGUGGCAGGAGAUGCUCACUACACUGCUCGUUGCUUGGAUCGACGCUGUAGCCCAAGAGCGAACUCAAUCGUAG